AUGGGGGUGUUGAGCCUGGGGGUGCUGAGCCUGAGCGUGCGGAGCCUGUGGGUGCUGAGCCUGGGAGUGCUGCGCCUGAGCGUGCUGCACCUGGGGCUGCGCAAGUGGUUUACUCGGCGCUGGAGCCUCCGGAGUGGUACUGAUGGAGCUAGAGCUGCGGGAGGUGCUGGAGCCCCUGGUCCCGGAGGUGCUCAUACUAGAGGUACUGGAGCUGCUGGGGCUGGGGGUGCUGCUGGAGCUGCUCGAGGUGCUGCUGGAGCUGGAGCUGCUGGAGGUACUAGAGCUAGUGGAGCUGGAGGUGCUGCUGUAGCUCGAGCUGGAGGUGCUGCAGGAGCUGGAGCUGCUGGAGGUGCUGCUGGAGGUGGUUCUGCUGGAGGUACUGGAGCUGAUGGGGCUGGAGCUACUGCUAGAGCUGGAGCUAGAGUUGCUGCUAGAGCUGGAGCUGCUGGAGGUACUGGUGCUGUUGGUGCUGGUUCUGGAGAGCGUCGUGAGCCUGCGUCUCGUCCCGCGUCGCCUGUUUGCGCUGCUCGCACUAGUCGUCGUGUUCCGCGUGAGCGUCCUCCUCCUGUCCCCGGCACGCAUCAUAGGGCACUUAGUCUAUCCUCUAUUGCACUGCGUGUCCCUCUGCCAUCUCCUCCUGCGUCCUCCCUUGCUGACGGUCCGGACCCGGAGUCUGACUCCCUUCGUGCUGCUAGUCCUACUGUCACGUGUCUCCUGGCCACUGUUGUCACUGACCCUUCCUUUGAGUCUACUGCUGCGUCUGCUCUUGUUUCUGAGCUGGUAAAUUUCGCUGCCACCUGUCGUCUAGACUACGCCCCUAGCCUUGUUGCUGAGUAA